AUGCCUUAUGCAGUUGCUGAGGCAGAGAGGCAGAGAGGCAGAGGCAGAGACGCAGAGGCAGUGGCAGAGACGCAGAGAGGCAGAGGCAGAGGCAGAGGCAGAGGCAGAGACGCAGAGAGGCAGAGACGCAGAGAGGCAGAGACGCAGAGAGGCAGAGACGCAGAGAGACAGAGGCAGAGGCAGAGGCAGAGACGCAGAGAGGCAGAGGCAGAGGCAGAGACGCAGAGAGGCAGAGACGCAGAGAGGCAGAGACGCAGAGAGGCAGAGACGCAGAGAGACAGAGACGCAGAGAGACAGAGGCAGAGGCAGAGGCAGAGACGCAGAGAGGCAGAGACGCAGAGAGGCAGAGACGCAGAGAGGCAGAGACGCAGAGAGGCAGAGACGCAGAGAGGCAGAGACGCAGAGAGACAGAGGCAGAGGCUGAGGCAGAGACGCAGAGAGGCAGAGACGCAGAGAGGCAGAGACGCAGAGAGGCAGAGACGCAGAGAGGCAGAGACGCAGAGAGACAGAGGCAGAGGCAGAGGCAGAGACGCAGAGAGGCAGAGACGCAGAGAGGCAGAGACGCAGAGAGGCAGAGGCAGAGACGCAGAGAGACAGAGGCAGAGGCUGAGGCUGAGGCAGAGGCAGAGGCAGAGACGCAGAGAGGCAGAGGCAGAGACGCAGAGAGACAGAGGCAGAGGCAGAGCCGCAGAGAGGCAGAGACGCAGAGAGGCAGAGACGCAGAGAGACAGAGACGCAGAGAGGCAGAGACGCAGAGAGACAGAGGCAGAGGCUGAGGCAGAGGCUGAGGCUGAGGCUGAGGCUGAGGCAGAGGCAGAGAGGCAGAGAGACAGAGGCAGAGGCAGAGACGCAGAGAGGCAGAGACGCAGAGAGGCAGAGACGCAGAGAGGCAGAGGCAGAGACGCAGAGAGACAGAGGCAGAGGCAGAGGCUGAGGCUGAGGCUGAGGCAGAGGCAGAGAGGCAGAGACGCAGAGAGGCAGAGACGCAGAGAGGCAGAGACGCAGAGAGGCAGAGGCAGAGACGCAGAGAGACAGAGGCAGAGGCAGAGACGCAGAGAGGCAGAGACGCAGAGAGGCAGAGACGCAGAGAGACAGAGACGCAGAGAGGCAGAGACGCAGAGAGACAGAGGCAGAGGCAGAGGCUGA